CGGGCCUGGGACAAGCCCCGCGGGGUGCCCGGACCAUGGCAACGCACGGCGCGUCACGUAGGCCCCGCCCCACCGCUUCCGGUUGCCCUCUCACCCCAAGAUGGCGGCCCCCGUGGGACCUGUGAAGUUUUGGAAGCCGGGCACGGAAGGUCCUGGUGUCAGUGUCUCAGAGGAGAGACAGAGUCCUGCUGAGAGCAGCAGCAUAUCUGUCAUCUAUAAUCCUUAUGCUUCCCUUUCUAUUGAACAACAAAGACAAAAGCUGCCUAUUUUUAAGCUAAGAAAUCACAUCCUUUAUCUAGUGGAGAACUAUCAAACUCUGGUGCUUGUUGGGGAAACAGGUUGUGGGAAAUCAACCCAGAUUCCACAAUACUUAGCAGAAGCUGGCUGGGCAGCUGAAGGAAGAGUUGUUGGAGUGACACAGCCUCGUCGGGUUGCUGCUGUUUCAAUUGCAGGCAGAGUUGCCGAUGAAAGAGGUGCAGUGUUGGGGCAUGAAGUUGGAUAUUGUAUUCGGUUUGAUGACUGCACGGAUCCACAAGCUACAAGAAUUAAGUUUCUAACUGAUGGUAUGCUGGUGAGGGAGAUGAUGGCUGAUCCUUUAUUAACAAGAUACAGUGUCCUCAUGCUGGAUGAGGCCCAUGAAAGGACUCUUUAUACAGAUAUUGCCAUUGGCUUACUGAGAAAGAUUCAGAAGAAGCGUGGGGAUCUUCGAUUGAUUGUAGCUUCAGCUACCUUGGAUGCAGAGAAAUUCAAGAAUUUCUUUAAUCAAAAUGAUACCGGUGACCCCAGCAAAGAUACCAGCGUGAUCCUUACUGUGGAGGGCAGAACGUUUCCAGUGGACAUCUUUUACAUACAGAGUCCUGUUCCAGACUAUGUAAAAUCAACUGUGGAAACUGCAAUGAAAAUCCACCAGAUGGAGAAUGAUGGUGAUAUACUGGCAUUUUUAACUGGCCAGGAGGAAGUGGAGACUGUUGUUUCUAUGCUCAUAGAACAGGCUCGGGCCCUCUCUCGCACUGGAAUGAAAAGACACCUCCGUGUUCUCCCCAUGUAUGCUGGGCUUCCUUCUCCUGAGCAGAUGAAAGUGUUUGAGAGAGUUUCUCACAAUGUCAGGAAGGUGGUAGUUGCCACCAACGUUGCAGAGACCUCCAUCACGGUUCGCGGAAUAGUAUUCGUAAUUGAUUGUGGGUUUGUGAAGCUUCGUGCCUAUAACCCCAAAACAGCCAUUGAAUGUCUUGUGGUGGUUCCAGUCUCUAAGGCUUCAGCUAAUCAGAGAGCAGGACGUGCAGGACGGAACCGCUCUGGUAAAUGUUACAGGCUUUAUACAGAGGAGGACUUUGAAAAGUUGCCCAAGUCCACUGUUCCCGAGAUGCAGCGCAGUAACCUUGCUCCCGUCAUCUUGCAGCUGAAGGCUUUGGGAAUUGACAAUGUGCUCAGGUUCCCCUUUCUUUCACCACCUCCUGCCCAGUCAAUGGUGCAAGCUUUAGAAUUGCUGUAUGCUUUAGGAGGUUUGGAUAUGCACUGCCGUUUAACAGAGCCUCUUGGAAUGAGAAUAGCAGAGUUUCCUUUGAAUCCUAUGUUUGCAAAGAUGCUUCUGGAAUCAGGAAAUUUUGGCUGCUCCCAGGAGAUUUUGACAAUUGCUGCCAUGAUGCAGAUUCAGAACAUCUUUGUGAUCCCUCCAAAUCAAAAGUCUCAGGCUGCCAGGCGACACAGAAAGUUUGCUGUGGAAGAGGGUGAUCAUCUCACUAUGCUUAAUGUGUAUGAAGCCUUUGUCAAACACAGCAAGAGCUCUCAGUGGUGUCAGGAGCACUUUCUGAACUACAAAGGGCUUGUAAGAGCUUCUGUUGUAAGAGAGCAGCUGAAAAAGCUUCUUGUCCGCUUUAAAGUGCCAAAGAAGUCCAGUGAAGGUGAUCCAGAUCCUGUUUUGAGAUGCAUAGUUUCUGGAUUCUUUGCAAACGCAGCUAAAUUCCACUCUACUGGAGCUUACAGGACUAUCCGUGAUGACCAGGAACUUCAUAUCCACCCCACUUCAGUGUUGUAUGCAGAGAAACCUCCACGCUGGGUAGUUUACAAUGAGGUCAUACAGACUGCGAAAUAUUACAUGAGAGAUGUGACUGCUGUUGAAUCUGCGUGGCUCUUGGAACUGGCACCUCAUUUUUACCAGCAAGUAGCAGUACAGGAUCAGCAUAAAACCCAAACGCAUCUUUCCUUGACAGCAAAACGGGCUAAAGUAGGAGACCAAUGAUUUGACAUGACUUAAGUCUUCUGUCAUCAGAUGCAGGGCCUACCAGUGAUUUGAAGCUGUCUACAGUCCCUUCAGGAGUCAGUUCAUUAGCAAUUUGAUCUUCCAUCAACUUAAAUGUUUAAAUGCCUGCCAGGAUCUGUAGGGGUUUAUGCAUGACCAGUACAUUUUAAACCCAUGUAGAGCUUG